AUGUAUCUUGAUUACUCCAACACAGCUGCAGCAGCUCUCUACGCCCGUGAUAUUGGGCUCAAUAGAGGCACCUGGGACAGAUGCAUGGCCAAGACCCCCUGCAAGAUCGCAGCCAUCGUGGGUAUUGCCAUUGCAGCCUUGAUUGUGUUGUGGGUGUUGUCGUUUAUCAUCAGAUGUGCCUGCUUGGGCUUCUCGUGCGUGGAAGCCAUCUGUUGUUGCUGUAGCAGAAGAAGAAAGACAACCACGUACGUGGAGCGUCCUCCUCUGCACUUCGAAAACCCCAACAUGUAUCCAAGAGUUCAGCCCAUGAGGCAGGCCGAGCCCAGCUACCAGCCGGUGAAUAACGCCUAUCAAGGACGGGACUAUGAUGAUGGGUAUACGUACAAUGGGUACAAGCCGCAACAGUUUUAA